CCGGAGCCCCACCUCCAGCGAGGAUGAGAUGGCCCAGAGCUUUUCAGACUACUCCGACGACUGCGCCUCCGACAGCUCCAGAGAAGAGACCAUCUACGAGACCAUAAGGGCCACGGCCGAGCAGUCGGCGCACCACAUGGACGACAUUCACACAAACACGCAGGUCGUCCGCGUCCUCAUCCCCGACCUGCAGCAGACGAAAUGCAUGAGGUUCAACCCGGACGCGACCGUCUGGGUCGCCAAGCAGCGGAUCCUGUGCACGCUCAACCAGAGCCUGAAGGAUGUGCUCAACUACGGGCUUUUCCAGCCAGCGAGCAACGGGAGGGACGGCAAGUUCCUGGACGAGGAGCGAAUCCUGCGAGAGUAUCCUCAGCCAAUCAGCAAGGGCGUCCCGGCUUUGGAGUUCCGCUACAAGAGCCGAGUUUACCGGGAGCCAAACGUGGACGAGAAACAAAUCGCCAAACUUCACACCAAGGCCAAUCUGAGGAGGUUCAUGGACCUCAUCCAACACAACCAGGAGGACAAAGUGUCGAAGAUGUUGGAGAGAGGCUUCGAUCCCAACUACCACGACAGUGACACUGGUGAGAGUCCGCUGACCUUCGCCGCUCACCUGGACGGCGUCGUGGAGCUGAUCAAGGUGCUGAAGAACGGAGGAGCUCACCUGGACUUCAGGGCCAAAGACGGCAUGACCUCCCUCCACAAAGCUGCUCGGUCCAAGAACCAGGUCACGCUCAUGACGCUGCUGGAGCUCGGAGCGUCUCCGGACUACAAGGACAGCCGUGGUCUGACUCCUCUGUACCACAGCGUGGUGGGGGGGGGGGACCCGGGCUGCUGCGAGCUCCUGCUGAGCCACCAGGCCUCCGUCUGCUGCCAGGACGAGAACGGCUGGCACGAGGUUCACCAGGCUUGUCGUCAUGGCCACGUGCAGCAUCUGGAGCAUCUGUUGUUUUAUGGAGCAGACAUGAGCGCCCAGAACGCCUCCGGAAACACAGCUCUACACAUCAGUGCCCUGUACAACCAGGAUAACUGUGCCAGAGUGCUGCUGGUUCGUGGAGCCGACAAAGAAGUGAAGAACUACAACAGCCAGAGUCCAUUUCAGGUCGCCAUUAUAGCCGGGAACUUUGAGCUUGCUGAGCUCAUCAAGAACCACAAAGAGACAGAUAUAGUGCCUUUCCGUGAGGCCCCAGCCCCCAAACGCCGCCGGGUCCAGCUUCCGGCAGGCAGCGGAGGAAACAGCCAGUCUCCUCGCCGUUGUCGGUCUGGCGGGGUCCUGCUGCGCUCCAACAGCGACAACAACCUGAACGUCAGUCAGUACCAGCAGCAGCAGCAGCAGCAGCAGCAGCAGCUCGGUUCCCCCGGCAGCUGGGCCCCUCACCUGCAGCAGCACCACCCGCACAGGGCCCCCCAGCAGGGUCACUCGCAGCCUGGCUCGUCAGCGUUACACCGCAGCCUGUCCCCUCAGCUGCUCCAGCAGAUGCCCAGCGGCAGCCCCAAUGGCACCGUGGUGGUCCGGACCAUGGGGAGGGGGGCGCGGAGCCGCUCGCCCUCCCUCAGCCGGCUGGGGGAGGAGGCUCGAAGGGCUAUGGCCUCCCAGCGCCAGCCAAGUCUCAGCAGUCAUGGCGAGGGCGUCGGCACCAGGAGGAAGCUGUACAGCGCGGUGCCCGGGAGACAUUUUGUGGCGGUGCGUCCCCACACCGCUCAGGCUGAGGGGGAGAUCAACCUGUACAAGGGCGACAGGGUCAAAGUUCUGAGCAUCGGAGAGGGGGGAUUCUGGGAGGGCAGCGCCCGUGGCCAGGUGGGCUGGUUUCCAGCCGACUGCGUGGAGGAGAUCCCGGCCAAGGCCACCGAGGAGAGGAGCUCGGAUCGAGCCGACAGACGGAAGCUGUUCAGACACUACACUGUGGGGUCCUACGACAGCUUCGAUGCUUCCAGUGACUGCGUGGUGGACGAGAAGACGGUGGUGCUCCAGAAGAAGGAGAACGAGGGAUUUGGCUUCGUCCUGCGGGGAGCCAAAGCGGACACGCCCAUCGAGGAGUUUACUCCCACGGCCGCCUUCCCCGCGCUGCAGUACCUGGAGUCGGUGGACGAGGGGGGAGUGGCAUGGCAGGCGGGACUCCGAACGGGCGACUUCCUCAUCGAGGUGAACCAGGAGAAUGUGGUGAAGGUCGGCCACAGGCAGGUGGUCAACAUGAUCCGUCAGGGAGGAAACCGGCUCCUGAUCAAGGUCGUGACGGUGAGCCGGAAUCUGGACCCCGAUGACACGGCACGCAAAAAAGCUCCUCCGCCCCCAAAGAGAGCCCCCACCACGGCCCUGUCCAUGCGCUCCAAGUCGAUGACGUCGGAGCUGGAGGAACUCGUGGAUAAAGCCACUCUAAGGAAAAAGAAAGGUGACAAAGUCGAAGAGAUGACGCACGCCCAGAAGACUUCGCCUGUUGAUAUGAAGAUCGCCACAAUCAAACCACGCCCCUCCAGUCGCUGCCUGGUUACGCCUACUGAUAUGAAUUCCAUGUAUCAUGACCGCCAGGGAGUAGCAGUGGUGCCCCCCACUGUUCCUGGAGCCUUCCUGGGGUUACCUGAGAAGGGCACCAUCAAGAAGCAAAAGUCAAUAGGUACAGACGAGGAUGACAAACAAGGAUUCCUCACACCUCCGCCACUAAAGUUCUCCCGCAGCCUCUCUAUGCCUGACACCUCAGAGGACAUCCCUCCUCCUCCAGGCAUUUCACCCCCUUCGCCACCUGGCUACAACUCAGCUGCCGGCCCUACAUCCAAAGGCUACGCCACCACACGACCCAGCUUCACCCAGAACUCACCCAAUGCAGUGACCACCAUUAGCAGAGCCGGCAUUGGUACGUUGAGGCGUGGCUAUUACCGCCAGAGCUCAGAGCAGUUUGAGAGCACACGUUUACGAGGGCGUGCACCAGUGCCAGAGAACCCUUACUCCGAGGUGGGCAAUAAGACACUGUAUGUGCCAGCAAAACCAGCUCGAAGGAAGGGCAUGCUCGUAAAACAGUCCAAUGUUGAGGACAGUCCUGAGAAAAUGUGUCGCAUGCCAGCAAGUCCCUCAGGCCCGGUCUCCAUGCCUACUACACCUGUAGAACGAACAUGCUCAUCCAUCCCCAUCCCCACAAUCAUCGUCAAGGAGCCCUCCACCAGCAGCAGUGGCAAGAGCAGCCAGGGUAGCAGUAUGGAGAUUGAGCCCACCACUCCUGAACACCCCCCUCUCACACCCACUGUUGGGAGUGGAGGUCUGCGUCCUGAAGAUCCACAUUCUCUAAGCAACCCCUUCGCUGCAGCUAUUGCUGGGGCAGUGCGGGACCGGGAGAGGAGGCUCGAGGCAAGAAAGAACUCAAUUGCCUUCCAGUCAAUAGACAUUGGGGAUGAUGAUUUGAGUGGUCCAACACCUACCCCUCGCCUACGCCAGUCAAAGUCCAUCGAUGAAGGCAUGUUUAGUAGCGACGAGCGACUUAGAAGGAUAUUGGCCCCUCCCUUAGCACGGCUUGGGCCCCCUGUAGGGGGUGGCAGUGGCAACAUGACAGAUUUUAAUACUCCUGAGCCCACAGUUGUGCGGGAGCCUCUGAACACCAGAACUGGCCAGUGUCCCAACUUAGACAGUCCUGUUAGUCUCCCAGCCACUCCUCCUAAGAGCCACUACAGGGCCAAUGGAACCUACCUCCACCCUGUCACCGGCAAGCCCUUGGACCCUAAUUCUCCACUCGCUCUGGCCCUGGCAGCUCGUGACCGGGCCAUGAAGGAGCAACAAAACCAUCCACAGAGUCAGCCUCCAAACCCUCCUCAGGUUCAAACCCCCAAGCACGAAGCCCAGUCCCUUCCAGUCCAGCCAAGCCACAAACCAGACCUCAACCAACCCCUCUUUAUUGACACCAAACUACGUUCUGGCAUAGAGACUAGUUUUGCUGCAAUCUCCACAGCAACCAUGGGGCGUCCUGGCCGAGGUGGCCUGCGGAGACAGAUGACAGAGCAAAAGUAUGAGUCUGAUGGGGCACGGGAAGAGAGGCAGCAUCAGGCCGUCGAGGAGAGGAAAAGUGCACCAGCUGAUGUGGCGGACUCGUCACAGCCCAAGUCAACGGGGCUCUUGAUGGUCCACACCAGCACAGAAGCAGGCAACAAGGUUAACAACCAAGAUGUGGAGGGGCAGGACAGCAACAGGCCAUCAGAGCUGAAGGACCCUAACCAACCGGAUCCACACAACCCUCCGACACUCUCCAAUCCCCAGCCACCCUCAUCACGGAGGAGGAGCGUUCCUUUAGGCGAAUCCUUGGAUGAACCAGUAAAGCUGCCAUUUCGAAUCCCCCCUCCCCCCCUGGCCUCAGUUGAUAUUGAUGAAGACUUUGAGUUCACAGAGCCCCUCCCCCCACCACUGGAGUUUGCCAACAGUAUUGACAUACCUGAUGACCAGGCUAGUGCCAUUGCAGAGAUGCUUCAGCAACAGAGACGAAAUGGGGGACCUCGAUUACCCCCCUAUGAUCCUCACGCCCCACCACCUGUCAUUGAUCAACACAAACGGGUGGCGAACAGCAUGCCCCCCUCAUAUCCUCCUCCUCCACCGGACCAAGAGUCAGGGGUGGGUGACUCGGGCAUCGAAGAGGUAGACAGCCGCAGUAGCGGGGAUCCUCAGCACAUGGAGACCACCAGCACCGUUUCCAGCAUCUCCACCCUGUCGUCAGAGGGAGGCUUCUGCGACAGCGCUCUGGAGAGCCUCUAUGCCACUGCAGACGGACAUGCCUUCCUGGUGGAUCGGCCCCCAGUGCCGCCCAAACCCAAGGGCAAGUCUGUCAUCAACAGGACAUCACUUUAUCAUGACGCGCUCAUUGAAGAGCCCCCAGAGUCCUAUGGGUCUCCACCACAGGCCCCUCCCCCUCCCCCUUCAUCCUCUGAACCUCCUAGGACUCCUACUCAAAGGACAUCCAAGCUGUGGGGCGACCAGCCCCCAGAGCUGUGCAGCCCCCCAUCCACACCAGACACCAAGAACACCGUCAUCACCGAGCUGAGCUCCAUUCUGCAGCAAAUGAAUCGCGACAGGCCGCCCAAGCCAGGAGAAAGCCUCGACUCCCCCACUGGGACCAGGGGGGCCUUUGGAACAAGGCCUCCCACAGAAGACUCAGGAAUGCGUAAUAACGCCGCUGCUGCCGCCCCCCUCACCUCCACCCCACCCAGCAGCCUCCCAUCCCAGACGCACCCCUGCAGCCCCCCAGACUCCGUCUCCUCCCUCACCCCCUGCUCAUCACUGCCUCCAUCAGUGUCGCCCACCCUCACCGACGUCUUCGGCCUGCCCACCCCGCCCAUGGGCAGCGGCGGCGGCUACAGCCUGAGCUCCUCCUACGGCGGCAGCGGCAGCUCGCGCUCCCCCUCGCCGCUCACGCUGAUGCAGGCGGUGGCGGCCUCGGGGAAGCCCUUCGCCUCCAAACCCAUGGAGCUGUGGAGCAAGCACGACGUGGCCGACUGGCUGGAGAGCCUCAACCUGGGGGAGCACAGGGACGCUUUCCUGGACAAUGAGAUCGAGGGGGCCCACCUGCCCUCGCUGCAAAAAGAGGACCUGAUAGACCUGGGUGUGACGAGGGUGGGCCACCGUAUGAACAUCGAGAGGGCCCUCAAGCUGCUGCAGGACAGAUAAGCCUCGAGGAGACGGGUGAGGAGUUAGGAGAGGGAGCCGUUACCCACCUUCUACCAUCUCCUCAUCAGACACGAUCUCAAGUCCUGGAACUGGCUCAAAGUUUCGCUGAUGCUGCCUCUUGACGGUUUGGUCCUCUCUCCUCCUCCAGAGUCGCCCUCAUCUCAGUGCUCCCUCCGCCCUCCUCCUCCUCCUCCUCCCCACCGUCCUGAGCACCAGAGGAUCAGGGGAUUUGUGGAGGGACUGCAGAGGCAAGGGAGAAGACAACAGCUGCUAUGUCACAUCAUGGAGGGAGAAGCAGAGGACGCCAGUGUGAAGACACCUGAAGACAAAGACAGUUUGUCCUCAAACACUGGAAGAAAACACACACAGACUCUGCUCAACCCUCUGCUUUGGAAUACUAAAGACUUUUUCCAUACACCCCAGUGAGGGUGCAUGAAAAACCAGCUGAGCUGGUCGUUGCUCCUUUUCUAUCUUUGCUAGAGUUUGUUCAGAGAUAAUAUUUCUUCACUAGAGUCCUACCAGAGUUAUAUUUCUGGUUGCAUCUGAUGUUGUAGAGAGAAUUUGAGAUAGACUCCAUUUUUUUUGCUUUUCACCUGUUUGUGUCAAAGUAAAAACAUUAGUUGACAUGUUGAAACAAAUACUAAAGCAUAUCUCGACCAUGCACACACACACACACACACACACAUGCGCGCGCACACACACUGUCUUCACAGACGUACACACUCUAAGCAUGCAUACACACACAUUGUUGCUGUAAUGGCCGUCUCCUGGGAGGAAGCGUGGCGCUCGGUGGUCACCAGAGGAGACGCUCUGCUGCAGCCCCUCCUCAGUUUAAAACUGAGGCGAGGACACGAGGAACAAGAUGGACGGACACAACGUCGGAGUGUGUUGCUGCAGAAUGUGUUCUCGUCCUCUCCUGGAUUUGUGUGUGUGUGUGUGUGUGUGUGUGUGUUUUCUAUUUCCAUGGAUCUGCUCUAUAAGCCACAGUCGAGGGAAACUAGCUGUUCUUUCCUUUUGUACUUGAUUCUUCCAUCUCACCAUCAGCAGGUCAACAUGUGGCCCCUCAGCUAACGUCUCAGAUAGAAGUGGAGGUAGUUCAGAGAAAUGGCAUCUUUAGAGGAAUAUUUUGGGAUGUACACCUUUUUGCUUUUUAGAUGAGAAGAUCAAGAUCCUGCUCACGGUGAAACUGAGCAAAACCUCAUUUGAUAGCACAGUGAGAUUAAAAUAAACUUUUACUACUAAAAAGUAAAUUGUCAGUGAAGAGAUGAAAACAUCAGAUCGACGAUGAGACUUUAACCUUCCCGGCAUUAAUAUGUCAGAUAAACAUAGAAGCCAUAUUUUAAACAUUUCUGAGACAUCGAGAUAAAGUUAUAAUAUUACAAAUAUCAGUCGCCAUUUCACAAGAAGAAUAAAGUAGUAAUUUUCGGCUGGGUAUUAAAAUGUUUCUUUUUCCUUAAUUCUCAUUUUACUUGAUUCUUGGAAUAUUUCUAGUUUCUUUUCAAUUCUGACUUUAUUUUGGUAAUAUUACGACUUAUUUCUCAAUUAUGACUCUAUUAAUAAUAUAACAAGUUUCUUCUCAAUUACUACUUUAUUCUUGCAAUAUUACGACUGUAUUCUCAUAAAAUUUUAAUUUUCGAUAUAAAUUAACUCUCAAUUAUGACUUUAUUCUCGUAUAACUACGACUUUACUACCUUUCGUAAUAUUAACAUCAUGUUUUCUACUUGUUAAUCGGAGGUCCUGACAAAUUCUGAUGUAUGUUAACCUGAACGUAAAGUGAGGUGCGCUCAUCGGCAUAAAGGUGCAGUAAAUUUAGUUAAUUAAAUUGUAAUUCAUCUUAUAUCUCAUCUCCUCAUCACUGAUCUGGUCCAAGUCUUCAUGCUAAGCUAAGCUAAUCGCUUCCUGGCUUUAAUUUCAUAUUUGUUUUACGUUCACAUGUUAUUGAUCUUCUCAGCAAAAAAGUGAAAAGGCUAAUUCCUCAAAAUGUCAAACUGUUAAAGGUCGACACUCGAUAGCAUUUUACUGAACUUGAAUUCAGUGUUUUUUCAUUUUCCACAAUUUUAAAUAUCACACGUUAUCAGCAAAGAGCUAAAACUCAAGUUUAACCAGAAAAAGCUAAAAUUUUAUAUUUAGCUAAAUGACUACCUGAACAUUUUGUACAUUGUUCUUUGCAUUAGCAUUAAGCUAACGCGAGCUCGAUUCCCCAAAUCCCCAAAUGAGCCAAACGGGAAUUUAGCUGCGAUUUGAAAACAUAGAGUCAACCGGAAAGAGACGGAAACAGGCUGCAGCGAUUUCUUCUCCAGAAGAACGUGACACUAACGAAGCUGCUGCCCCGACACAAAGAUACUUUAAAGUUAAAGAUUAAUAAUCAUUUUCUUAUAAAUGCAUUUAUCGGCAGGUCGAGACUUUUUAGAGCGACUUCAGCCGGACGACAUAAAACUGCACUGAGAUCUCAGAGCAGACGGAGAAUCUGCGACUUCAGGGUUUAAUAAUCACAAGUUCACAUUAGUCAACGUGACUUUGCCUGCCCACGAACCUCUGAGCAAGAAACGAGAACAACCCGACAACUGUGGCAGAUGUGGAUCUGACGUGGAUCACAUGUGGAUCUGACGUGGAUCACAUGUGGAUCUGACGUGGAUCAGCGAGGUUCCGUCAGAUUAGAGAUGAAAUACAUUUGUGAUCUGUUUCAAGUUUCAUUCAUGGGUCCAAUUUUAAAAGUGAAUCAGAAUUUAUGAAGCUGGAAAUGUUUGUGUUUGCGAUUUGAGGCUGGUCAGAAGUAGAAGUUGAGUUUGUGUUGAAAUGUGUAAAUAAGAGUGUUUAACGGAAAUAAAAAUGUCUAUUUGAUUAUAUGUAUAGCUCUAUUUAAAGGUUUAGAUUAAAGGAAAAUAAAUCUAUGAAGGUUCAUUAACUGCCGGAGCUGACGUGGCGACCGAAGCAAACCUGGUGGAUUCUCCCCAACGUCCUGCAGAGGAUGCUCACUGCCCCCCCCCCCCACACCUGCA